AUGACCGUUCCUCAAGUGAAGAAAGAGCAGGAGAAGAAGGGUAGGCCAGGGAAGGUGAAGGUUUCGUCCUCUAACAAACAGGAAAGAGGGAUUGUUCCAACCAAGUCUGGCUUCAAGAGGGCGACCAGCGAAAGUGUGUAUGUUAAUGGCGAAGUUAAGAAUGCUGUAAUGAAGAGAGCACAGGAGAUAGAAGCCAGUCUACCAAGAAACUUCCCUACCAUGAUAAAGCUUAUGAUGCCUUCUCAAAUCUCGGGUGGGUUUUGGCUGGGUCUUUGCAAAAAGUUUUGCGUCAAGCAUUUGGGUGAAAAGGACAUGAUGAUGGACUUGGAAGAUGAGGACGGCAAAGUCUUUCCCGUGAAUUGUCUAGUCGGAAAGGCAGGACUUAGCGGGGGAUGGAGAAAGUUCUCAACCGAUCACAAAUUGGUCAAAGGAGAUGUCGUAGUUUUCCAGCUAGUUAAGGCAAACAAGUUCAUGGUCUACAUUGUAAGGGCACGUGAUUUCGAGGAAAAUGAUGUUGCUCUUGGCCUUCUAAAACUGGAGAAGACUAGUUUGGAAGAGAAAUCUAGCUUAGAGGAAGUGGAGGGUGCUCUUGACCUUAUGGAGCUGGAUGGUGUUUUGGAAAAGAAAUCUGCUCAUGCGAAGGAUCUGAGCAGAAGUGGCAAAGCAACUGUCACAAAGACUGUUGAUGAGUCUGAUAUUUCUGCUGAUGAUAACUAUGAACCAGAGGAUUCUGAGAAUGGAAGUGAUGAAGGUUUCGGAUUCGAUGUCCUAGAUGGAAUCAGGAUGUCUUCAGCAUCAGCUGUUAAUUUCCAGCAAGUAAAAAGCUUUGAUGACUUUGACGUUACAGUGAACGGCUUGGUGAUCAACUCUGAGCUCUCAAAGCACCUCCAGCUCAAAUACUAUGAACUAUGCAGCAGCCAGAAGUUGUUCCUCCAUGAACAAAUCCUCAAUGGUCUCAACUGUAAGCUGAUAGCGGGAGUAAUUGCCGAGACCAUUAACAUUGCUGAUGCCAUAAGAGCUUCAAAGUUCAAUGCUAGGGGUAAUGAUAACGGUCAGCAGAAGGAAGACUUUGUGACUUGGGAGAGCACGUUGUUGGCUUUUCAGAAGCUGGGAAUGAAUGUGGAGUUCAUACUCACCAGAUUGAGGCAGCUCAUGCGGCUCUGUGACAAUGCCAAUAGGUGUAAGAGGUUGAAGACUGAGAGAGUCGAGGUAGGCAAGGAGGUGAAGGUUCUGGAGGCGAAACUCGAGGAAUCUGUUCGAAGAAUGAGAAGGAUUGAUGAAGAGAUCGAGAAGUUGGAAAUUGACGAUGUGGAGGAUGUUGAGGUGAAGUUCAGAGAAUUGGCUAAAGCUCCAUGGGCAGUUUGA